AUGCGAUUCGCCGUCGAAGAAGACACAGAGGAUGCCCGAACCGGGCGCCGUCUCGGGCUCGCUGGCGGCGAUAGAGGCCGGCUGCCCUGGAGGGAAGGGGAGGGUCUCGCCGCGAGUCAAGGCUGUUCGUCUCAGGCCCUCGCGCCGGCAGCAUCAGGAGCGUACCCCUGCGGCGCCCACGAAUUUCCUUUCUCGCCUUCUUCGCGUCUCCCUUUUCGGCAGAAUUCGCAGCAGCCGCUCUCGCAGGUCAGCUCUGAAGGGCGCCUCGACCCCGCGGGCGCCCUGCAGGCCGCGUUGCCCCUGGCGGGCGUCAGCGCUGGGGCUUUGGGCGCGGCAGAACUCGAGGAGAUUCCUGGCGACAUGCACUCGGACGCGUCGCAGUCGCGCCCGGGGAGGCCGGUCCUGAAAGCAACUGGCCUCUACGGCGAAGGCUUCCACUGCGUCUACCUCCUGCGCUCGCUAAAGAACUCGCGCUACACGUACGUUGGAUACUCUGUGCAUCCACUCAACCGCCUCAAGCAGCACAACGGAGACAUUGCGCACGGCGGCGCCUGGAAGACCAAAAAAAACCGUCCCUGGUACCUAGUGCUGGUCGUCCACGGCUUCCCGACAGCCGUCGCCGCGCUGCAGUUCGAGUGGCGGUGGCAGCGCGCAGCUCCUGCGCUCGACUUCCUUCCGCGGAGUGCGGCGCCCGCUGGCUCACAGGACAGGGCGCGAGCUUCACAGCGACCGCGCGCCCUGUCGUCACAAAAAGGGAGACAGCGUGCAGUGGCCUCUUCAGGCGGCGACAAGAAGGCGGAGCCGGCGAGCCGCCGCAGGGGCGAUGAGACCCCGACUCACACGGCCGCGGCAGCAAGAGAAGGGCUGAACCGUGCACAGGUGAACAGACCCCGAGGAGUCGCGCCGCAGCAUGCGGCGUCGGCGCCUUCGUCCGCUUCGUCUUGCGUUUCCCUGUCUGGCGUCCCGUCUUCCUUCUCGGCAUCACGCCCGUUGUCUUUUUCGUCUGCGCUCCGCGGGCCUCCGUCCUCUCUGCUGAAAGACGAGCCAAGCCGGGCUGCGGGAGACGCCGGCGCGCGCCGGAAAGCUACAACAGAGGGCCCUGGCGCCCCCGCGCCCGACUCAGGCCGGCAGCCGAGCUGCGGUGGGCUCGACUUCGCGCGGAGCGGCGCAGGCGCCGAGGCCAGAGAACGCGAAGGCCCGCGCCAGACGGAGGAAGCGCCCGCAAACCAGCGGAACCUGGACGAGGAUGAGCCGCUGCAGAGCGAGCCGCCGCAGAGGCGGCGGCGGAAGCGUCAGCUGCUUCUUGCGCAGCUUGAGCGCCAGCGGGCGCAAGAGAAAGAAGCUUCGCUGCAACACACGAGUCGGCGAGCGGUCCCCGCAUGCCACCAGAAGACCUACACACUGAGUCGAACGGGGGGCGUCGUCGUGCGCGUGGGACAGAGACUCAGGGCCCUCCUCGCGCUCCUGCAGGCGGCGCCCUUCUGCCGGAUGCCUCUUUCGAUCCACGUCGUCGACGGGAGCGUCGCGGCGCCUUUUUUCCGCUCUGUGCUUCUUCAGCGCGCGGAGUUGGCGUCGGACCGAAGACACGCAUCCGCCCCGGAGUCGCUGGCGCACUCCGGGGCGGCUGCUGCCUCACCACCGCCCGCGGCGCUGACCAGAGACGAGGCGCGAACGGGGGAGAGCCCUGAGGCGGCGGGAGCCACCCUCGCGGCGCGCAAAGCCGCAGGACUCUGGCUCGCGCCACACGUCUCUGUUUCGUUCGGCGCCGCCGAGCUCCUCCUGCCGCUGGUGGUCGCCAGUGGCAAGCGAAAAGCGGGGCCUGGCGAGGGCGCGACGGCCCAAGCCACGGAGGGGAAAAACCAGGGACUUGAGGAACGCCACUGCGACGGAGCAGACACGCGCCGGAGUGACGCAGCGACAAGAGCAGCCCCGCGAGACAGUGAAGAAGGAACCCCGGCAGACAGGCAUAAGCAGGGAGACUCGCAGCCAGUGAGCGAAGGCCAGGAGGGGCGAUCUGCUUCAGAAACAGACAGCCAGGCUAGAGAGGACUGGGACGAAACCUCCCUAGACGCGAAGGGGAGGGAGGCACACUCGAUGAACGUGGACGAUGAGUCAAGCGCCAGGCCAUUCGCCUCCGUUCACGCCGAGACGAGCCCGCGCGAAGACAUCUCUGCAGCGCGGGGGCGUCGCUGUGGAGGAAAGCCGCACGUGACCCCGGGCGCAGAACGGACUCCGAGAGGCGAACGGGCGCAGGCGCCGCUGCCGCUGUUGAGCCGCGCCGUGCCACUGGGACGGGAGUUUUCUACAAGGAAGGGAAUGCAACCGGUUUCCUCUGCAUCUGCGGCGCCGUCUGCGGAUUCGGAUUCAGAUCGAAGCAGCGCUGCGCCUGCUGCCCUCGUUACGGUGGCGGCGUCCGGGGGAGCCUCUCGCCCUGCUGCGGGCGCGUCUCCCUCGCCUCUACCACAGGCGUGUAUGGCGUCGGGAGCUCGUUCCUCUGCGGCUGCCGCACCUUCCGAAGUCCCUCCUGUGGCGUGUUUCCGCGAUGAGGAGGGCAUGCUCGGCGCUUCUGUCGCAUGCCUCCUGUGCGGCGCGGCCUUCGGCGCUCGCCAGCGCGCGACCCAAUGCGCGACCUGCGGAGGCCUCUCCCACAUCAUCUGCGCAGCGAGGCGAGCGCUGCAGACAGAGUUCGCACGCAGAGACGCGCCGCCUCUCGCAGGCGAGACGCAAAACAGAGGCCGAAAGACCGCGCAGCCAGCACCCCCUCUUCCUCCUCCAGGCGAACGCUUCGCAUCCGGUCUGCGCGACCGCCUGCGCCUCGGGCCUGCGUGCGGGAGCCCUGCGGCGGAGGACACAGACGGGCGCGACGAGGCCCAGGGGGUCAUCGUGGAGGGGGGCGGCGGCGACGCUCAGGGGGGGGGGAGAGAGGCCAACGGCGAACCGCCCGCGGUUGACGAGAGCCGAGGCUUCGCGCUCGUGCCUGAGGCGGCGGAGUGCGCGCGCUGCGGCCGCGUGGCUUCUUGGUCCGCGGUCCUCAGCCGCUCUGUCCGCUUCGAUCUGAGCGAGGAGACCUCGAACCCGCGCGCGAAAAAGGCGUGCACUGCGAGGGUUUGCACAAGAAAGAAAGAGACAGAGAACGAAGAGGGGAGCUCGAGCUCUCCUUAUUCCUCGGCGCGGCCUCUGCACGCGCCCCCGACAUCUGCCGCCUCUGCUGCAUCUCCGUCAGGUCCUGCGGUUCCGGGGCCUCGGGCCUUAGGCCCCGCCCCUGCGCCCCGUUGGGCGGCUUACUCUGUCGCGUCGUCGUCGUUCUCUGGGUCUCCAGCUGACGGCGGAAAGGCCGCGCCGGCGCCAGACAGCAUCUGCGGAAGCGCGCGUGCGUUUGCGGCGACCGGCAGACGCAACGAGUGGCGCGGGGGAGAAAGUCCUUUGCGCAAGGAUGCUGCGACGAGGCGAACGCGGCGAAAACUGCGCGGAAGCGGAGACGAACGCGAAGUCCGCGCGGGCGCCGGGUCUGGCAGACGUAGGCGUCGAACAGAGCUGCGCGGCGACACGCGCAAAACGCCAGGGAGCGAGGCUCACGCCGGAGAAGCGACAGGCGACAGCACGUCGUUUCUCCUGCAGACAGGAGAGGGACAGUCGCUUUCUGCGAACGCGGAAAGCCCGCCGCAAGAGAUUGACCUCUCCUCAGACAUUCUCCCAACCUUCGACGCGACAACAGUCAUACACAUCCUUAGCAGUGAAGACGAAGCGGAAACGGUGUAG